AUGUGCACACAGGGAGCACAAUAUGUCUUCUCAUUUUUACCGCUGGUUUGCGGGACCAAUGAAUUGGAGAUAAAGACAACUCAUAGUCGACCCGUAGGAGAGGUGGCGGACGACGUGGACGCACGGCAUGAGCGGCACCGGGAGUCCAAUAGUCAUAUAAAGUUAAUGGUCUGCGCCUAUGAAAUACAACUGAUUGCCAAUCACACCGAUAAUGAUGGCGCCGGUAGUGAUGGCUUUAUCCAACACUACCCUAACGUUACGGACAGUGACUGCGGAGUGGGUCGGGAGUCGAUGCUUAUGGAUAACCAGUGCUUUAAAUAUCACAAAACACAUGCUUCGAGUCCUAUAAUGAACGGGAGGAACGCCACCGCCGGGGAAAUGCCUUUUACGGCUUUAAUUGUAUCAUUUUCGACAAACAUCACCACUAAUAUUACCUGCAAUUCAACGGACUAUAUCUGUCCGCAUACGACCAAAGCAUUUGUCGGCCUUAAAGGUCUCAAUGAUUUCCCAAACCCUAAUAACCCGAAUGCUCCCCGAAUACCCGGGUAUGAUGUGGUCGACAUUCACAUCUUCCCACUUUUUAAACCCGGUCUUUUUUACCACGACAUCGCUCUCAUUCGUGUCCAACCGGACAUCGCAUUCACGGAUCGGCUCGCAGUCAACACCGUAUGUCUACCGAAGCCCGGAGUGGAGAACUCGGACUCCGAAUACGCUCUAAUCAGCGGUUGGGGCGUAACAGACACUAACGGUUCAAUCGAUGAAAUAAUGUUUGGCAGACCCAUGGCUUGGGUUAAAAUAUUGGCCCCAAAUGCAGCCAUUUGUAAGGGCGAUUCCGGGGGACCAUUAGUGCAGUACGUGUCGGGCGAUUCCGGGGGACCAUUAGUGCAGUACGUGUCGGGUCGGGCCGUACUCAUUGGCGUAGCGAAAGGAAUCGUCUCAAUGGAUAACUCAACGGAUGCCCAACAACUCAUUUGCGCGAAAGCGGACCAAAAGGUGUUUAUGGGAGCACAAUAUGUCUUCUCAUUCUUACCGCUGGUUUGCGGGACCAAUGAAUUGGUGAUAAAGACAACCCAUAGUCGACCCGUAGGAGAGGUGGCGGAAGACGUGGACGCACGGCAUGAGCGGCACCGGGAGUCCAAUAGUCAUAUAAAGUUAAUGGUCUGCGCCUAUGAAAUACAAUUGAUUGCCAAUCACACCCAUAAUGACGGCGCCGGUAGUGAUGGCUGUAAUCAUAAUGAAACUAAUUGUGAAUCAAAUUAAUGUUAACUUAUUUUUAGGCCAUUUAUACAAAUAUCUAUAAUACUAUUUAUAUAUUUUUAACAGUG